AAGGAAAAUUGGAAACCCUCGAAACCUAAAAGCUCAAAUUACAAAUUAAAGAAAAAUAGAGAGAACUCUUUCCAACGCCGUGCCGGUAGCAUUUUCGCCGUCUGUCCAUCUAAUCCGUGACUGCGGCCACAUCUCGGAACUUUUAUCGCCUGUAUAGCUCGGUUUCACUCUUAGUUGCAGCCAUGUACGGAGGGGAUGAAGUAUCGGCUAUAGUGAUAGACUUAGGGUCCCACACUUGCAAAGCUGGUUAUGCUGGCGAAGAUGCUCCUAAGGCUGUGUUUCCAUCUGUUGUGGGAUGCAUUGAUCAAAUGGAUGCUGAUGAUGACAAAGAAAACAACGAUUCUGAGACUAACAACAAUAAUGCUGAUUCCAACAAACCCAAAGGAAAACGCAAAUUGUAUGUAGGCUCUCAAGCCUUGGGUUUUCGCCGUGACCAUAUGGAGGUGGUGUCUCCCCUAAAGGAUGGGGUUGUUGUUGAUUGGGAUAUUGUUGAUAACAUCUGGGAUCAUGCUUUCAAGGAUUGUUUACUCAUUGAUCCUAAGGAACAUCCGAUGCUACUUGCUGAACCUUCUUCCAACACUCAACUACAGAGGGAGAAGACAGCGGAACUCAUGUUUGAAAAGUACAAAGUUCCUGCUCUGUUUUUGGCCAAGAAUGCGGUUCUUACAUCAUUUGCGUCAGGACGUGCUACCUCUGUUGUUAUUGAUAGUGGUGGAGGAUCAACAAUGGUUGCCCCAGUACAUGAUGGUUAUGUUCUUCAAAAGGCAGUUUCUUCUUCUCCUAUUGGAGGAGAAUUUCUUACAUAUUGCUUGAUGAAAAGCUUGGAAAGCAAAGGCAUCGUGAUAAAGCCAAGGUACUCUUUUAAGAGAAAGGAAAUCCAACCGGGGGUGUUCCAGACUGUAGAUGUUGAUUUGCCACACACAACAGAAUCCUACAAGCUUUACUCCCAGAGAGUGAUUGCAAGUGAUAUCAAGGAAUGUGUCUGUCGAGCUCCAGAUACUCCAUAUGAUGAAAGUUCAUAUUCAAAUAUCCCAAUGACCCCAUACGAGCUUCCUGAUGGCCAGACAAUUGAAAUUGGUGCUGAUAGAUUCAAGAUCCCUGAUAUUCUGUUUAACCCAUCUUUGGCUCAGACAAUUCCUGGAGUGGACAAUUUUGCUGAGAUUUCAUCUGCUCGUGGUUUGCCACAAAUGGUCAUAGAAAGCAUCAAUAGAUGUGAUGUUGACAUCAGGAAAGAAUUGUUUGGCAGUAUAUUGCUUGCUGGUGGCACAGCAUCUAUGCAACAGUUGAAAGAACGACUUGAGAAAGACUUGCUAGAGGAAUCUCCUCAAGCUGCUAGAGUUAAAGUAUUGGCAAGUGGAAAUGCAACAGAAAGAAGAUUCAGUGUUUGGAUAGGAGGUAGUAUAUUGGCAUCUCUUGGUUCAUUCCAGCAAAUGUGGUUCUCCAAGUCCGAGUAUGAAGAACAUGGAGCUUCAUACAUCCAAAGAAAAUGCCCUUAAGAUGAAGAAGAUGAUAGGCAUUUGCAUUUAUUGACAUGGUAAGCAAAUGCUAAGCCAUUCACAUAAACUUUUGUUUCUCCAUUUAUUUACUAGAGCUAAUUUUCAUCUUUUUAAAGGUUUAGGAUCUACUUCUGUUGGACCCAAAAUCAUCUCAUUCGUACUAACUAUUCCCCGAUUGAUAUCGCCUGUAGGUCAAUAUAAGAUAUUCUAUUUACAGGACUAAUGUUUAUUAUCAUCCUAGAUGGUGCAGCAUUCAUGGGUUUUAGGAAAGAUAUUUUUUUUCCUUCUCUGUUUAAAAUUUGAGCUAUGUUAAUAUUUAU